CGCCUUGGAUCAGUAACCCACGUUCAGCUUUCUCUCGUGCUGACAAAAGCCCAUGAUGCUCGUCUUCUUGCACGAAUCUGUUCUCUCUAUUGCUCUUCGAAGCUAUUCUGAUCGAUGCUUACCCGUCUGAGCGUUGCUCGAAUCGGUUCUAUACUAUCGACGCAAUCCACGAUAAGCUGCUAAGCUGCUUCCAUGGGACUACUGCGGAGAGCAGUCAGGUCGAGGAAAUUCGAGAGAUUACUUGUCAUGCCAGAGUGAUAGGCUGCAGCUGUGAUUGUGAUUCUGCCUGCACUCUCUCCGGUCGAAGACUGGAUCGUCCUGCGAAGCUCUCAACGAGAACCACCGGUGCCUCUGAUUGAACUACUUUUCAACGACAUCGCUACCAGUACAGCCUACCUGCGAAUGACCUAUGUGCGGGCUGCUGGAUAUACUUUAUCCCUGGCCGGUAGUUUCCAACCUCGUCUCCUAUUUAGGAGUGGGUGAUCUGCUGAACCUUUCACGGUCGAAUUCCAGCUGCAGAGCCGCUCUGCAUGGCUUUCCUCCUCCUCUCCACGCCUCGUCUUCAGGUGGCACUAGUUUCGGGGGUUCUGUACGACCGGAUAUCUAUGUUGGGGAACAUCAGACAGCAUACUGGUCUGGUCUGAAGUCGCUCGCGCAGAUGACAUGUUCCGAGCCUCAGCACACGAAAGGAAAUUUCUCCCAUAUGUGUAAAUUCUGUUCGAUGCCUGUUUGCGACGCAUGCAUUGUCAAAGAGUCCUUUGCAAAGAAAAACAAUGCAUAUAGAACGCGCACACGAUACCUCUGUGUACAAUGUUGGGCUAAUGGAACCCCGCAUAGAGGUCGUAAUUUCACUAGCUCACCACCGAAGGUGACACCUUAUACUUUUGCCCCCGGAGAAGGGGACUUUUGCCGUUGCACCGCCAAGGAUGGUUGGCUCUGUUCCGCGUGUCGGGCUCAACAGUGUACGGACGUGGAUUUGCAAAGGCAGUGCUGUAUCGGCGAGGGAUGUUCCAAUCACCCGGGAACUGACGGUGAUCGACGUCGUAUCUGCUUGUGGUGCGAUCUCCCCUUGUUCGGUGGCCAGACCAUGAUCGAGAGAUGGCAAGGCUAUGGAGAGCGUUAUAUGAACAGCACAAUCAAUAUCCCGGACGAGAUCCGCACUGCGCUUGAGGAAACCAGCAAGCUGAGUCCGGUCGAAGAAGCAGCAUGAGCUGGUAAGGGAAGUACGAGCUUUAUUUCAGCUUUAUUUCCGGGAAGUAAGAAGCAUCAUCGUUACUGCAUAGCGAGGUGUUCAUAUAUUAUAUAUUGAUGAGCCUUUGUGUUCAGCCAUACUCCAAAAAUCACAUCAGCGCUUAUUUUUAUACAAUAUCUGGAGGCUUUCAUCUGCUGGCUUUAAUAGUCCCAUAUAAGCCCAUAAUCAAUCCAGUUUCAAACAGCAAUAGCCAAUGCCUGCAUCACAAAUAACACAUCAAUCACUAUCACCCAACUUAGAACCCCCC